AUGAUCACCGGCAAGUCAGCGAACCAUGCAACAGCCGCCACCGCCGGCAGCAAACGGUUGCUGACCAUGGCGCGGCAGAUGAUCCUCGCGCCCAAAAGUAAUGCCGAGGGCAGUACAUACCGUCACCCGGUCCGGGAUGGACACCCGGACACCGAUGGACGGUCGGAACCUGGACGUGAUAAUUACACCGCAUUACCGACACGUACGACGAAAGUUGGCCGAUGUCUGCUGUUGGCGCUGUUGCUGGCGAUCAGCUGGACCGGGUUUGGAUGUGAUGCGGCAGCAACACCGGCCAAGAGUCCAAUGCCCGGGUACGGUGGGCGAGGUCCACCAAUGUUUAAACGAAUGGGUGGCCUAACCGAGGCGAGCAGGAUCUCCAACCUGACGCGUCUUCACAGUGGUGAUCUGUUUUAUACAUUUGAAUCGGAAAAAUGUGACACAGAUACGUGCGUGGGGUUGUCGAGCGGUACGGCGGAACUAUCGAUUGGUGGCGAUCGGACCGGCACCGGUACGGUCAACGGACCGCACCGUAUCCCCGGAAGUACGGACCACAUCAAAGAAAUUGACAUGUCAUCGGAUGCGGGCAUCGAGUGCAAGUGUCAGUGUUUGCCGCACCUGAGCACCUACCGGGAAGAUCUCGGCAUCUGUGUGGACGAUAUUAGAGAAUGCACUCUAGCGCCGUUCAUCAGCGGAUCAAGCUCGGAGAAGAUACCGUUCGUCUUUUUGCCUCACCGUGGCCAAAUCGUUCAUCCCAGCCGCGAGAUUGGAUUUCCCGGUGUCAAGAUGCCGAUGUGUGCCGUAUCCGCUGCCCAAUACCUCACCACCAACGGUUGGGCAGAGCUGCGGAACCCGAUCGACACGGACGUCCCGUUUCGGUUGUUUCGCGACGAGGGCCGCAUCUACCUGCAGUGGCUCGGUGAACCGGAGCUACGCCAGCGGAUGCAGGGCCGUCUGGUGCUGGUGCAUCUGAUGUGCCGCGACAUGACACCGCGCCUAUUGCUGGAGGAUGGCCGGGCCGCUCUUCAUCACGAUGACAUGCAGAUGCCGAACCAAAACAUCUUCACACCGUGCAUCGCCUUCCGCGUCGUUGGGACACCGAUCAAAUACGUCACCAAUGUAACUGAGGUUUCGUUCGCUUCCGAGACACACAUCGAGCAACAGUCUGGCCUUUCCACCAAGGAGUACAUCGUGAUCGCGGUUUGCAGUUUGUGUUUGGGCCUGAUCUACAUUGCUUCGGUUUUUCUCUACAUCCACAUGAAGAAACGGAAGAGUAGAUCGGGCUCGAACGAUGAUGGCAACGGGUUAAAGAAUGACUACUCCACCUACCAGCAGAAUGAUCAGGUAACGUUCGGUGUCGGGAUGGGUGCCGCCGUUAGCCCUUUCGGUGGACAGGCUCGGGCUAGCUUCAUCGGACGCAAUGCACUCGGUGGAAGCCAACGGCAGGGCGGUGGACCGACGAUCGGUCCGCAUCGGGGCCUGACGAGCGUGGGCUUGCACGCGGAAGAAAUGGGCAUCGUAAAGAACAAUCCGCUGCUGAAACACUUCCCGAACCUGAGCGACAAUUCGGGCUUCAUUAGUGACAAUUCCAAUUCGGUGUCGGAGUUUGAGGAUGAUAUAACGACCGACGUUGAGAAGCAGAUGCAAACCGGCAAACAUCAGCCAAAAAACUUCUCAGGGCGUACCGAAAUGGAUGGCGAACUUCGCCUUCAGCAGCAGCAGCAGCUAUCCCAGCAGUCCGCCCUGCUGCUUCAUCAUCACCAUCAUCUACAACAACAGCAGCACCAACACCAGCAGAAUCCGCUGAGUACCGGCGGCCAGGAUACGGAGUGCCUGCCCGAGGAAAAUGUGUCCAUUGUCGAAGAACUGAACAACGAAGAAAAGCUCGAAAGCAUGAAGUCCAUCGUGAACGGUACGAUGCGCCGGAAGCUAUACUUCAAUCCCGCUUACUUCGAGCCACAUCUUCUAGUUUCACCUCCACCGGCAGCUAUCGAAUUUCUGAAUAAGAUCCGGGAAGUGAUCACGAUCGCCAAGUACAAGAUGUCCUCGAAACGGUUUCAACCUUCGCUAAAUAUUAUACCGGAGGAGCAGCAGCAUGCAGCCGGAUCGGAAACUUACGCCGCCGUACAGACUGCACCGGCUAGCCGUCGUAGCAGUUUGAUUAGUUCCCGCAAGGAUAGCUCACGGAAGAGCGCAUGUUCGGGAUGUCCCGGGUGUGAGAAGAAGGUAGCAACGUCCGAUCCAGUUAUGGUGCCGUCAAGCAACUGUAAGAAUUGUGGCGACAAGCAGAACAGCAUUCGCAAAUGGUUGGAAGAUGUGUCAUCCACCCACGGAGACGGUAUUGCCGAGGCAGAUAUCUAUGAUAGCAAAUCGAAUCUGCUUGCCAGUGGAGGAACAUCGGAAACGGAUGGUACGACUCCAACACCGAAAGCGGAUGGAGCGGGCAUCGCAAACCCUGCUUUCGUAGGUGAUCAACCGUCAAUGGAGUCACUCAAAUCGCAAGAUGAUCGAACGGCCGCACCAGACUCUUUGCCGAUUCGCCCGGACAUUAAGAAGCAACCGAAAAGUCAUCGACUAUCGAAGGCGGGGAGUUUGCACAGCGACAGUUCGUCAACGUCGGACAAUGAAACGAUCGUAGCGAACAGUGUGAAGGAACGAUCCUCGGUAGUACGCAUACCGUCCGCCAGCAAAUCGGUACGCUCGGACACUAGCUCAGCACCUAAAAUUGUUUCUCAUAGCUUGAAGACGGAUUUGGUGAGUAAGAUGAGUAAGUUCGGCCUGCAGGAAGGUGGUGGCGCGUUGAUGAAAAACAGUAGUUUCAUCUACGAGGAGAGUCGAUCGGUUCAGUCAACAAACCAGGAUCUGUACAUCAAGAAUACGAAUAAUUCGGUUGCGAAUCUGGACACGAACAAGAUGUACGAUAAGCGGGAUCUUUAUAGCAUCGCCGGAAGUGAGAUCUACAACAAUCCUCAGUUUGAGGCGUCACCGGUACUGUCACACAAGAAGUUAUCGGUAACACACCCGGCUCAUCAUCAUCAUCACGGACAUGACAAGAAGGCUCCAGCACAGAAUGGUUCAGUAAGAGCACAUGCCACUCCACCGUCAGCAGCCUUGGUGCCCCUCGCCGCCUCUUCCAGCAAGCGUCGACAGGAGGUACUGGAUCAGUACGCAAACGUCAAACCGAUGAAGCUGCGCAACAUUAAUCAGAUGCCGGACAUGGUGUACGAGGCACUUGCCAUGGAUCAGCGCAAGAUUCGCUCGUGGUCCGAACGGCAUGCUGAUCGAUUGCCAAUGCCACAGCUGGAAUCGAUGGACUACAAUGUCGACUCAUCUGAUAGCCGUUUUAGCAGUAUCGAUCGCCACGAACGCUACCGGAACGAGAAGUUCUUUCAUGACUUCCUAAAUUCGGACCAGGAAUGCAAUACGCUCGGGAAUCGGUCCGGUAAGAACUCAUACACCAAGUAUCAACCGGACUCGCCGAUCUAUUCCCGCAAAUCGCCCCACUAUCUGAUCGUGGAUUACGAAACGGAUAGCUUGGAGCGAGUUACCUCCAAGACACCGAUGAGCUUCAAUACCUCGACGACGAACAGUAGCGAUCCCGGUUCGCAACCAUCGCCCUCGCUCAGUACCGCUCUCCCACUGGAGGAGGAGGUCGAAAUACGCAACGCCAUAUACGAUCGGGUGGAGGGUUUUAGAAAGGAUACUGACACGAUCAAGACGGAACGCGAAGCCGUCAGUAUCCGGUCCGAUGAGUAUGAAGACGUUCCGCAGACUUCGUCAGUGGGCAACGCACAGCUCAGUGUCGGUGGCAAGGCGAAGAAAAAGGUACCGAAGAUCAAGUGUGACACGCCAUUUCAGGGGAGCAUCACGAUCGAGGUGGAACACAGUCCCGACGAUUGCGACUUGUCGGCGACGGACAGUGAUCAGUUCGAGCCGGACACACUGGACCGUAAGCCGAAGAAGAAUGGGCAAACGAAAGCUGCCGUAAGCCGUCAUCGGAGCAAUGUGUGGGAGAGUGAGCGGAGUGGGCGAGGUGAAUGCGUUGGGAUCGAGUCCAGUCUAACCUCACUGCCAGCGGAUCUGAACAGUCACUUUGUGCUGAAAACUACCGGUUCGUUCAAGCACGAAACAAGCUUCGGUAGUUUGCGGGAGAUCUACGAAUCGAAGAACCCAAAAGCCACCGGCCCUCCGGCCAUUCGAAGUUCGCUGAGCAACCUGUCCGAGUUGGAUGUAAAGUCGGGGAAGUUGCUUACGCUCGAGACGAGACACUCGCGCCGUCAGCGUACGAAUGUGGGCGAUGCGUUAAUACCGGCACCCAAGUUAGUCCCACCGGAUUUGAUCCCACCGGACAUUGCCCGUCAGACUACCGUGUACGAUCAUCCACGGUUACAGCUGAAGAAGGUGGAGGAUUAUGGUAUUGCACCGAAAAAUUUGGCCUGCUGGAGCAAUAGCGAGAAGUUGUCUAACCCACCGACGGGUCCGGCACCGAAGCCAAACUUCUGCACCCAAACCAGCGAGAACUACGAAUCGAUCAACAGCUUUACGGCAGAAAGUGACUCCACGCAGUUCACGGGUAUCUCGGAUAAUGAUCGUACGGCUUCUGGUGGUAGUUACGGUAGUAGUACGAGCAAAAAUCGUAACUCUUCUUCGGGUAAGCUUCCCAACUACAGCCACGUUCACAAGAAUCCUACCGAGCAGUCGCUCUACAUCACGGAGAAGACGGAGUACGCGAGAAUCGACGAGAAGCAGCGAUCGCAGGAGGAGUUGAGUGGAAUUUUAGAAAGCUACAUGACGCUUGGAGAGAUGAAUAGCAAAAACUUCUUGCAGCAGGUGGACAGCAAGAUCUACGAUCUGCGCACUCGUCAGUCGCAACAGCAGCAACAGCAUCAGCAGGUGAUGAGCAAGGCAAAGUUCAUCGAGGAUAUCGAUAAGAUCGAGGUACUGUCGACGAAAACGCUCUCCAACUACAGCUAUCCGAUCAAUCGAAACGGGCCCUCGAUCAACCCGAAGGAUGCGGAAGAUGAAAAACCAUCCAUUUACGACAUCAGUGGACCGAUUCCGAUCGGAACCUCGCCCUCGGGUUCUCCCACCACAACGAAAGUUUUCCGAGUGGAGCUGAACCAAUCCUCAAACGGUAUGCAGAUCGCUAUGGGUCUAAGGGAUCGCGUUAAAAAGUCGAAAGAUUUGAAGAACGCAUGGAAAAAGUUCAUCGGAAUAGCGACGGCUAAGUUUAACGGGAAGUCAGGUGAUCCCGAUCUAGAGAAGACAUCCGAUUCGUCCGACAUACUCGAGAAGGACGAAGGCAUAUCAUCGUUGAUCGAUGACUCAUCCGGUAGUGGUGUGUAUGGAUCGCACUACCAGCAACAGCAGCAACAGCUGUUGCGUCCUCAUCAUCAUCAUCACCACCGGAAGUAUUCUGUCCAGAGGCCAACUGCGGAGGACGGAGAAAAGCCAUCAACGUCCAAUCCACGCAACAUCACGAUCGUGCGGAGUAACUCACGAUCAAGCACCAAGGAACAGGACAGCGGUUACAUGAGUGCCGAUUCGAGUGAGUCAAAGCUUAACGGCAAGAAGAUCUACGAGCGAUUUAACUUUAGCUCCCAAUCCCCGGACGGCCCGGGCUCAGAAGGGCCAAUCCUCGAGGAGAACAAGUACGAGAUCUGUGCACUGCAGGAAUCGAACGAAAAAGCUCCAGGAACUCCGGAUGCUACCGGCACCAAUCGUAGUGGAUCGUCCACGGGUGGCUCUACUGCAGGUGGGUCCCGUGCGGACAAAGCAAUCGCUCGUCCACGCUCACCACCACCACCACUUCCUCCACCGAAUCCACCGCCACCACCACCACCAACGGCCACUAUUCCGACGAAGAAACCAUCCACCGGCGUACCGGGUGUCGCUGUGAAGGUGAUCGAGAAACCUCACAGUAAACCACCACCACCGCCGUCACCACCUUCCACCUCCUCGCCCUCCUCAUCGUUAACGACCAUCGCACGGACUGUGGCCAUAAAUCGGGGCGAGAUGGAAGCGGGUCCAUCACAUCAAAGACUCCAAUCGCCUAAUGGCGUGUUCUUCAACACUUCCGACGCGAUCAGUGUCCGGGUGUACUCGUCCGAUGAUGAGAAGUUUGACGCUAGUGACGAUGCAUCCUGCAUCUCGGAUGAUGACGAUCUUGACUCCCAUCUGGACGAUAUCUCCGAGUCUGGGGCGGAGAGUGUCGAAACGCAUUCGGUCUUUUUCAAGAACAUACGCAAACCGGCACAUCUGUCGGUUGCCCCGAGUGGGGAUCGUGCAAUGGCAGCAGCAGUUCAUUAA